AUGCUUACCCAGACUCCCAUCCUUCUCCUCUCGCUCUUUACACUAUUGGCGGUCGCUGCACCGCUUCCCCAGGAAGGGAAUAAGCAGUUGGGCCUUCACAACGAAUCACCAUCAUCCAGGCUUGCUCCUUCAACCGCUGCCCCGACCGCUGCUGCCGCCACGUCCACCCCAUCGACUGUGCGCGACCUCUCCGCAGCUGUGGCUGCUGAAGCACUCAAAGGGAACGCAAACCCGCCCAUCACCGGCGAGGACGGCACGGAACUCGGUAUGGCUGCCGCGAUGCAGGGCAUCGGCACCGCGACCGGGGCACUCGGUGCCCUUCCACCGGAAGGUGGUAUGGGAGGCCUGGGCGCCCGUGGUGAAUCCAACAUUCGGAACCGGAACAAGAGAACGCCACUAGCGCCCGGCUUAGACAUCAAAAGGCUCCCCCUCGUCGGGUCCCUAGGUCUCGGUGGGCGUGAUACUUCCAAGCUAGACAAGACAGAGGCACAGGUCGGUAGGGACCUUCUCAGUCUUCAAUCCCGGGAACAAAGUCAAGCGUCAAGAAGUGGACACCGAACCGCUCCUCCCCGGCGCUGAAAAGGGUGCUAUCGCUGAAGUAAAAGAAGCGAAGAAACCGAUAGACCCGGUGGACAGUAUCAAGAAGCUCGCCGCAAUCGUGGCCGACGCCCGCGGCGUCACCGCAAAGGGCAAGCGCAGAAGCUUCAGUAAAGGCAUUAUCGACUCCACAAACUCAAAAACAGACAGCCAAUUCAACUCCGCGCUCGAAGAUGCCGAACGCACGGACCACCCAGAGAAUACCUCAUUCCCGCCGGGUAUGCCGGUCAAGACACCGCAGGACGCCCUCAACAAGAGAACCGACGACCAAGAGAGGGAGAGCGAUGCUGAGCACGUGCAGGACGAUGUGCUCGAAAACACUUACCCUGCGCUGUUCCCGCUCGAGGAGGGGCAGCAGAAAACCCAUAAGACUCACGAAGAGCUCAAGCGCCAGCCAUUGGACCUCAAGGGUGCUGUCCUGGCGAAGGAUCUUAUCGAUAAUGCUUCCGGGCAAAAGAGUGUCAUGGAUUCGUUCAAAAGUCUUUCCUCGGCGGUGCAAAAUAGCAACGCGUAG